CUUGAAAUUGCAAUUUUGGCUCUUUGGAAUUCACUGGGAAACUCAAAAACACUCUUUUUCUUUUCCCCGCCCAUUAUAAUUCACUCAUUUAUAAACCAAAUCAACCCUUUCAAAAACUUCAAUCACAAAAUCCAAUUACUGAAACAUUUUUCUCUCUCUACUUUUCUCUCUCUUCAGUUUGAGUUUGAGUUUGAGCAGUAAAAAUGGCAGGAGGAGCGACGAGCAGCAAUCCGCCAAAGCAGAGGAAGAGAGUAGAAGCUGAUACUCCUACUGAGGCUUCGUCUUCUGCUGCGAUGCUUUCGCUUAAGCGUGCUAAGGAUGGAAGUGCUUUUGCUCGUUGUGAGGAAUGCAAGAGCAGUGUGCCAGUAGCUCUCAUUGACAUGCACAGCUGCAGUCUUGAAGCUAAAAUCAAGAUGUCUCUUGAUGCAACUGUUGUGGAAAAACCAGCUGAGGUUAAGAAGAAAGCUGAGAGGAAGAAACCAGCUUCAUCAUCUGAAGCAGGUUCCGAGUCAAAGAAAAGAAAGCUAAGCAAAGUGAAGGAUCCUAACAUGCCUAAGCGCCCUAUGACUGCUUACUUUGUCUUCAUGGAGGAGUUCCGAAAGGUGUACAAGGAGGAGCAUCCUGAAUCCAAGGGUGUGAAGGAGUUUGCCAAGGAGGCGGGAGCAAAAUGGAAGGCCUUGACUGACGAGGAGAAGAAGCCAUAUCAGGAGAAAGCUGCAGAGCUCAAGGUGGAGUAUGAGAAAGCCAUGGAGACUUACAAUGCUCAGAAUGAGGAGGAAUCUAAUGAUCAUCAAGCUGAAGAACUCUGUGACGAAGAUGCUUAGUUGAUAGGACAUGAUGUUUAGAAGCUUUUGGAAGUAGGAUUUACUUUGGGGGAUGGUAAUGGUUAGCUUGUAAAUUUUGUCUCUUGUUUCUGUCUAGGAAGUAUAGAAGUGUUUAUGAAGCUUGUUAGAAUCAUUAUUUGUUACUUUUAAUGGAUGUGCUACUAAAUGCCUUGCUAAAAAUGAAAUGCACAUCCUUCUUAGUUUGUGAUC